UGGGAGGUGGAGGAAAUGUUAUUUGAAGGGAGAGUAAGCGCACAGACCCAGAAUCUGCAGGCUGAAUGCAGCGAGUGGGCCGCGAGGUCCCUCCACCUGAGAGUAUUAGGAAGACAGCUCAUCCUGCCAGCUGACAAAGGCUUCCAGCAUUUCCGGGGCAGUGAGCCUAGUCCUGUGGCCCACAGGCCCUUCCUGGAUGCCUGUGAGAGCACCAGCAGCAUCAGAGACCUGUGCGUCUCUGGCUGUCAAAUCCUGCCGGCAGUGCCCUCAGCUCCUGCCCUGCCUGGGCCUCAGAGCACGGGGAUCGCUGACCUGGGGGCGUGUUCACUUCUGGAAGAAGAGAUUUAUGAUGCGGAGGGAAAGAUUGAAGAGUAUUUUGCUUUUGAUGGAAAAGAAGAAGACGAUGAGUGUCUUGGGCAUAAAAAAGUUCACCAUGGAAGAAAGUGGCGUAAACAUGGAUUUCCUCCCAUCUCCCCUCACGACUGCAUCAGAGAUGCGGUGGACACAGAGGUGUUUGAUCACAUCUGGAGAAACGUGGUAGAGUUAUUGGAAGAGCUGGUCAGAAAUCACUGGGAAACCUCGCUCGCAGAAGGAAAAAGAAAGAAAGAAAAAUUGAAAGUAGCUGAAAAUAAAUCUCAACACAUACUUAUUUCUCGUUUUAACACUGAUACACCAAGGGUUCCCCCAUCCAGAAGUUCUGAAACUCGAAGCAUGUCUCAUCUCAUUCCACUUCAGAUUCAUCGCUUCUCCAACAAUUUUUACAGUGAUUUGAAUGGUGUGAUGACAAUUCAAGCUAAACCACUUCAGCAGAGACCUACCUAUUUUGCAGAUAAAACACAUAGUGAACAGGAGGACAGAUCGAUGGGUAUAGUGGCCAGUGCUCCUUCCUCAGCACAGCACCAACCCAGAAGAACCUCAGAUACUCGCGGAUUACAGAAUUCUGCCAAGAAAACACCCAUGCACAGGAGGCUGCCUUCUCUUGCUUCAGAUUCACAGAGAAUUAAAACUCCCAAUGUGUAUAGUGACGAAGUUCUUAGGGGAACAAAACUGCAAACUGGCACAGACCACAUGCCUUCCCCGGUUCAAACCUCACGGAGCCGGUUACCCCCAAUAGGCUCAGAGACUGGUGAGCAGAAUGCAGCAGCUCUUGGAUCCCACCCUGUUUCUUACAGAGGAAAGAAUCCACCAAAUCGUGUGUUAAGUGCGAUUCCUGGCAGUACAGAACCAGCACCUCUCCGAGAAAGAACUGUUAUUAUGGACCAGUUUUCAAGGCCCAGCACAACCCAUACAUUCCGGUCGGAUACGCCUCAAAAAAGUUCAUUGACGCCAGUGGAGUUUGCUGGUCACAAGUGGACAGGUCAAAAUUUUCUGACAGGUUCACAAUAUCCACCUAAAUCAUUUCAGAGGACAACCUUGACUUCAAGAAAGAGAUUCCAAGUGGCAUCUUGA